AUGGGAAACCCAUCCGAUGGGUACAAUGGAAAAUGCAUCUCCCUUUUGAUUUCAAAUUUUUUUGUUGAAUUAACUUUAACCCCAAAUUCCUAUGAUAAUAAAGCAGUAGAAUACAAGAAAAUUAAUUUCCGUUCCCCUUCCUCCAACAAAGAUUGUAAUUUAUCAUUUGAUUCCAUAGAUACUUUAAUUGAAAUAUCUAAAAAUAAAGGGUACGAUGAAAGUAAUCGUUUAUUACAAGCUACUUGUAAAGUAUUUUCAGAAUAUUGUUGGAAAAAUGAUAUCUUACUUAACCAACAAGGAUUUUUCGUUCAUUUUAUUACUAAUAUUCCAAGACAAGUCGGUUUGGCGGGUUCCUCCGCUAUUAUAUCGGCAUUUUGGAAAGCGUUAAUGCUUUUUUUUGACGUUUCUAAUAAAAUCAUUCCAUUACCUAUACAAGCAAAUUUAAUUCUUUCCGUUGAAAGGGAUGAAUUAAAUAUCUCUGCUGGGUUACAAGAUCGUGUCAUUCAAGUUUAUGGAGGGUUGAUAUUUAUGGACUUUGAUGAAGAUCAUAUGAUGAAACAUGGUGUUGGAAUGUAUGAAAGGUUAGAUGUUAAUUUAUUACCGAAAGGAUUUUGGAUUGCUUUUGAAUCAAAUCCUAGUGAAUCUGAUAAAAUUCAUAAUGAUGUACGAAAAAGGUAUGAGGCAGGUGAUCGAAAAGUAAUUGAUGCGAUGAAACGAUUCGCAUCAUUCGCCGAACAAUCACGUCAAAUUUUAAUUCAAAAUAACCGUUCAAAACGGAAUGAACUCGCUAAGUAUAUGAAUAAAAAUUUCGAUUUGAGACGCGAAAUUUUUGGUGAUCAAGUUUUAGGUCAAAUGAAUUUACGUAUGAUUGAAUUGGCUAGGGAAUAUAAUUUUGCCGCAAAAUUCACUGGAUCGGGUGAAAAAGAAGGAUUUCUUUUUUGUUGGUUAAAUCCAAAGAAUGAAGUUUUAUAA